ACGUGAACGUGCAGCUCGCAGGGCCGAUCUUCUUCUUUUUACAUUGUCAUUUAAAGAAAUGAGCGGAACGGAUGCUCUAGAAGACAGACGGGUGGAGGAUCUUGCUCACCAAGUCACAGAAACUUCAGACAAAAAUGUUCCAAUUUUGCUUCUUGCAAUCCAAGACAUUUUGGACAGUGUCAUCCCUGGUUCUCAGAGAGCUUCCAAAGUCAAGAAAGACAUUUGGAACUUUGACCUUCUGCAGAGUGUCCUUCUUGCGCUGAGGCAAGACUUUUCUCUCAUCCAGGGAAAAUGGAACACAGCUGCAUCCCUGGCCAAGAUCCUAGCGCAUUGUGCAGUUGGCCUGGAACCCACAGACACCUACGAGUACAAUGCCAUCUUCCUCCCGGAGGCAUCGGAACGUCUUCUCAUCUUAGCCCGCAACAUCCAGUUCCGCUACAUGAAGAUCCCGGAGAAGACACUGACCUUGAAAGACGACUUAAUCAAAGACUUCAAGGAGGUCAUCGAGGCCUUACAGUGGCUCAUCAGUGGCCAUGUUUUCCUCACUAUGCACGUUCUGAGAUCCAAUUACCUGCUUCAGAUGUUGAUCACAGAUGACAAGGAGACUGCCAUCGUCAUUCUUGGAUUGUUUCAGAACGCGGUCCGAGUCAACCCAAUGGUCCUACAGACACUAGAUGAGAAGGUGGUCCACAGUCUACUGGAUGAGGUCAUCUACAAGCUGUCUGCAUUUAAUGAUGCGGAGGUGGGUGCGGCAGCUACCAGGGCCCUGGUCAACAUUGCCGAUGUCCACCAACCGCUCAUCAGACUGCUCUACACAAGAUACAAAGGUCUGAGGCCACUUUUGAGCCGGUGGACUGGUAAGGGCUUUGGCCGAGACUUGAAGAAGCUUCUGGGAUUACUGGAUGCAGGGUCAACCCAGCAGGCAGAGAUGCAGAGACUACAUCGAGCAGCCAAGACCAUCCAGGCAGUAUGGAAAGGAUUCCAGACUCGAAGGCAAUUGAAGAAAGCCAACAAAGCAUUCACCAGACUACAGAAGAGCUUCAGAGAGAAGCAAGUACAGCGUGACUUGCAUGCCGAGAAGGAACGAGAAAGGAGAGAGCUGCAGCAUCAGCUGCUGGUGUCGAGGAGGCAAGCUAUCCGACAGACCAGACAGAAACAGCUGGAUAUGAUCACUGCUAUGGCACCAGGGAAAGUGGAUGCGUAUUUGCAGAUGUCUCAGAUUGCAGCAGCCGUCAAGUUACAAGCUCGCUGGAGGGGGAUCAUUGAGAGACGUAAACUGGGUCUACGUCAGGCCACGGCCAAGCAAGUCAGGGCAGCCAUCACCAUUCAGAGAGUUGUUCGUAGAUUCCUGAAGAGACUGGAAGAGAAGAAAAGGGAACCGUUGUUAUUCCGGCCUCCCCCUGGCCUGACGGACGAGAGGAGAGUUGACCUGCAGAGAACUAUUGAUCAACAUAGAGAGGCACACCCGCCCAAGCAGCUGAGCCGACAGCUGCAGCAGGAGCUACACGACGAGGCCCAGGAGAUGUUGGGACGCUACCUCAGCGUCCGCAUGGCUCACCGUAAGAACUACCAGAGGAGGGAGGCACUCCUAGCAUCGCUGGAGACUGAUGCUGAUCUGCUCAGCGAUGCUCCCAAGCUGUGUGACCUGACGGAUCGCGACAUGCACAAGUUCACCAGUCACUCGGCCCCGAUCGCCGCCAAAGCUUUGGCCAAUCACAAGGAGCAGAUGUUGAUGCUGCGUCAGCCAUGGUGGAAGAAACUGAACGCCGGAGAGAGAACCGACGAAGAAGCUGAGCAGGACUAUGACUCCAACAUCUUAUGAUGACAACGAGUAAACAAACAAAUUCUGGGGACAAAUUUUAUGGACUCCAUUCUAGGCUCCAAUUCUGUUUGUUCCACCUACUGCCUUCAGCCAGGUGCCUUGAUGAAACCUAAAUUCAACAUCAGGGAGUACUGAAAUACAACUGAGCGUUAAUGCCUUGUAGAAGGUUUAACAUUAAAGGCAUAUAGGAUCAUUUGCUUUUCAUGCAUGUUGUUCGUUUCCAAUAAUAACAUCACUUAAAAUCCAGAGGAUUGUUCAAAACGUAACCUGUGGAAGUUUCAAAAAGUGUAACAUCAGUGGACAUUACACUUUUUGGAGAAACUGUGGAAAACCAUGCACAAACUUGUUUGCACGAUCUCGUCAAGAGCACUCUUUAUUUCCAAAAUCAGUCAAGUGACUGAUCACUAAAAAACCCCUACAUGUCUUGAUUUCUUUUGAAUGCCAGCAAGCCAGGCGAAAUUAUUUCACAGGGUGUUUACCAGUACGAUCUUUAAUCGGAGUUAGCUUUUUGAUAAUUCGGUAGGUUAUUUUGGGAUAAAUGCAAAUGAUCUUAUAUGCUUUAACGCAUGUUUACUGCCAAGGUUGAUUUCUUGAGAGAUAAGCAUCAACGUAUAAUUGUGUGUGUGAAAGUAGUUUACAUUUAAACUCUGUUCGUCUUGUAUUUUAUUCAUUUUUUUGAAACGGCUUGAGUGCAAUAUAUAUAUUGGAUUGAGUGUUGCUAUCUGAAGCAUGUAUAGCAAAUGGUAUUUGGGCAAAAAAUUGCUUUCAUAUUGCCAAUAUAGAAAUGUAACAUUCAACAUUCCAUUUCCGUCCAACUGAUAUUUGUACAUAUGCACAAUUGUAUAAAGUCAUUUAAGAAGUGAACUUUUUGUCUGCAACUUGAAACUACAGAGAAAAUAUACUGUUACUUCGGUAUCAACAAUGCCACAAAAUUAAAACACAAAAGCAACUA